UGUACUUUCGAUCCAGCGCUCAUAAAUUUCUGCGAUUCAAGAAAUUAAAGAAACAAAAAUUCGAUUUUUUUUUCGUAUUGCAGAAAGGACCUUUUUUUUCGAGGAAGAUCGAGUGACUCGAUUGCGAUCACGACUUUUGACAGAGGCGCUCCUUUCAGUGUCAAAGAUUCAGUGAAAGCGGGACGCGCAUUACUCGUCUAUCGCGUGAGAAACUUGUGAACGAGUGCACGUCGAUUGUUUAUCGACUAUUAACUGUGGAACAGUUGUUGAGAAGGGGUGAGAAGUUUGACAAGAAACAGCAGGAGCGAACGUGCCACAACAGCCGUUUCGCCCCGUGAGUGACAAGUGGUCGGCGACGCGUGGUUAACCACGUGGCGCGGUGUGUGCGCCGGUGUAGAGCAGUCGCUCGGGUGGCGCGUGAACUUUCGCGGGACUCUCUUUCCCUUCCGAACGAACGCGCGUGUGUGUGCGUGUGUGUAUGUGUGUGUGCUAAACUAUCACGCGUGCACACGACGACAGGCAAGUGACAGGUAGUCGUCGGUCGUUGGCUACGCGAGCGAAUGGAACGCUUUGCGGCUUACAUCAAACGUUUUCGCUCUUUAGCCUGAGAAAGUUAACGAUCGACCUUCGCCCAUCGGUCUCUCUUUCUCGAGACGGUCGAGAGCAUGGUGCAACAGUGAUUAGUCCGUCGUAUAUCAUCGUCGGUGGCCAACAGCAGUUGCAAAGGGAAGAGCGCGGGGUCCAGUGGUGCGAGUAGUCUGGUCUCGCCGUCGCAGGCCGCCGCGAGAUGCUGAGAGCCUCAGCCGUCCAGUCCAGCCAAUCACGUAGGGUGCUGCGAUCUGUGCCGAGGGCCGUCGCGGCCUGCUAAGAUGACCGCGCGUUUACACUCGCUGAGGCACCAGGAGAAGAAAUCAGCCGGCAGCAGUCACAGGCAGCACCAUCAGCAUCAGCAGGCCGUGCAUCAGGGUCCGAGCCCGGCACCGAGCCCCAGCCCCAGCCUUAGCCCGAGCCCGAAACAUUCGGACGGUCGAAGAGCUAACAAACCACUAAUGGAAAAACGACGACGAGCAAGGAUCAACCAGUCCUUGGCGGCGCUAAAGGCGCUCAUCCUUGACAGCGCCCGCUUGGAGAACACCAAGCACAGCAAGCUUGAGAAAGCUGAUAUUUUGGAGCUUACGGUCAGGCAUCUGCAGCGGCAGAGAUCGCUCGCUCAGCCCGGCCUAUCCAGGUACAAGGCGGGAUACCAGGACUGCUCCAGAGAGGUGAGCCGCUAUCUCGAUGCACCAGACAUCAUCACGGGCAACACCACACCAAUGGAUCCGGCAGUGAAGCAGCGGCUGCUUCGCCAUCUCGAUAGCUGUGUGUCAGAACUUGAUUUGGACCUGGGCUCGCGACCGGACAGUGGCCUGGGCAGCAGCCCGGGUAGCGUGACGGAUCGCGUGGCGGGGACGACGAGCCCGGGCCCGUUGGAUCACCACGUGCCGGUCGGACCGCAUUGCAGCGCCGCGCUCACGCCGGCUGGUCUGAUCAAGUCCGAGAUCCCAGAGAUGGUGGAGGCGGCACGACCCGAUAGCAGCACCACCGCUGGCGAUGAGAACAAUAACAGCAGCCGACCGACCUCCGCCUUCAGCCAGGUGAACCCGGCGACGUUGGAUCCGCAUCACCCACAUCAUCCGUCGGGCUUGCCCGUUGAUCAAGCCUCCACCUCGCAACAGAACCCCAACAUGCUCUCGGUGGUACAAGUAAUACCCUCCCGAUUGCCGGACGGCCAGGUGGUCUUUUUACUGCCGAGCCACUACGUGCAAUUGGCAGCAGCGGCCGCAGCGAACGGCAUCAGCAUCGGGCCUAAUCCGCCAACGGCGAUCUGGGCGGCGACCAACAUGUCACUGCUCAAAGCCACUGACAAGCUGGCGAAGCGACCGCAUGAGGAAAUCGGCCAGGAAUGGCAGGAUCCUACCGGCCUCAAGCCUAGCAAGAGCCCGCGAAUGGAGCAGCCAGAACAGCCACUCGACUUCACCACUACGUCCAAGAAGAUAAAGACCGCUGGUUCGAGAAACUCGGCGCAUUCCGGUGUAGUCGAUCAUCAUCAUCAUCUGCGGCAGCAGCAACAGCAGCAAGCCCGUCUAUCGACCGAGACCGGCGGUCCCAUCAUCCAUGAGGACAGACCGUCUAGUCAUGCGGAUAGCGAGGUCGCCGUUGGCAUGCCCUCUCCGUCACCAGUCGGCCAGCAACCAGUCAAGGAUGAGGAGGGUAUGUGGAGACCGUGGUAAAGAUCCAAAGGCUCUUUAUCUUUGUAAAUAAAAGUGUAUCUCGUGAAGCGCGCGUGCGAAACCGGAAGUCAUGCCGGUGCGCAGCUGCGAUCGUCGUCUACUGCGGAAAUCGUCCUUAUGAUGGCUACGAUCAAGUCGUGUAUAUUCGAUACGUAUCUGGAUGAUCGGUCUCGGUAAACGAAAUUAAUAGUUAUUAUUGAGAAUAAUUUUGGA